AUGAAUGAAAUGGAUAUUAUUACUGAACAACAUUCACUUGAUUUAUCAAGAAUAAAUGAUGAUAAUAAUAAUGAUUUAAUUCCAAAUUUUAUGCCACGAAUAUUUGAACCAAUUAUUAUUCGUGGUACUGGUCAUAUAACUGUAUUUGCAUUAAAUAAUAAAUUUAAUGAAGAAUAUCCUCAAGGUUUAAUGCAUAAAGUCUCUCGAGAUGAAUAUCAAGAAACAAUUAAACAUGUUAAUAUGAUUUUAAGAAAAAAUAUUCCAAAUCAUUUAAAAUGGUUGCUUUGUGGUUGUAUUUGUUGUUGUUGUACAAUGGGUCUUUCAUUAUGUCCUGUAAUAUUUUUAAAUAAACGUUCAAAGCAGGCAGUUAGUAAAGUACUUGAUAAUGAAAAUACACGUGUUUAUCAUAAACUUGGUUUACAUUGGCAUUUAAUAAAACAAAAAUGUCAAGCUAAUUCCGUACAAGAAUAUGUUCUUAUGAUUGAAUUUCGUCCAACUUUAUCUUUAUCUCAUCCUGAUUAA